AUGGGUCUUCCCAGAAGUACAGUCACAUCAGUGUUGAGUUUCAUUCUCGGAACGAAUGAUGCCUCCAUGAAUAUGAUUGCAUCAAAGAAGCAACCACAAUUGGAAGGUGGUGGUGAUGGUGCAGGAGGAGCCACUAUGGAAACUGUUAUUUAUAUUGAUGGAAAUUCAUUAAUUUAUCACAAAUUGCAAGAUGUUAUUCCUGUAGAUGCUACUGCUUCAACAUUGUUUGCUGAGAAGAGUGUUUUGAAAAUUGUGGAGCAAGUUAAGGAUUCUGUAAUUGGUCAAUUGAAUCAUAUUUAUUUGGAGAAUAGACCAUUUUCAAAGAUUGUACUAGUUUUUGAUGGUCCUUGCCCAUUUGCUAAAAAUCAAGAACAAAGAAAACGUAGAUUUGCCAAUGUUUCCAGUUUGAUGGCAAGUCCAGGAACUUUUUUCAUGUUUAAAAUUUGCCAGGAGAUUUAUAAAUGGGCAGAUGAUGUGUUCUAUUCACAUGCCACAAAGGGAGUAGAUAUUAAGGUGGAAUUUUCUGAUUGUUUCGUACCUGGAGAGGGUGAAAUUAAAAUUUUAGAGGCUAUAAGAAAUAAUCCAAAUUGUAGACAUGUUGUCUAUACUAAGGAUAGUGAUUUUGUAUUGCUCUUAUUGACAUCAUGUGAGGAGAAUAUCAUUCUUGUAAAUGAUUAUCAGAAAAUAGAAAAGAUUAUUCUGGUAAAGAGAGUUAGAGAUCAGUUUGGAUUAUUUGAUAAUCAACAAUAUAAGGAAAAAUUGAAUAGCAUACUGUUGGAUAUGGUAUUUCUAUCAAUAAGUUUUGGAAAUGAUUACUUGAAACCAAUGUCACACGAACAAAAAUUGUUAAACCUAUUAUUGAGAUACAAGAAAAAGAAGCAAAAAUAUCCAGAAAAGUCUCUCGUUCAUAUUGAGAAGAAUACAAUUGGACUAGAUUUGGAGUUUUUCACCAAGAUUUUAAUUAAAUCGAAGGAUGUACAACCCUCCAUGAAACGAUCAGAGGAAGAAACUCUUUUAACGCUUAAUUAUUUGAAGAGUUUGUUGUGGUGUAUUGGCACUUAUGAGAGUGGAGUCUGUAGAAAUUACUCACAAUUCUCACAUUGCACACCACCAGUACUUUUGUCUCAAAUGAUUCAAGAUAUGAGAAUUUUAGCGAAAAGGGAUAAGAUAUUAAUGUUGCCAACAAUUGGUGAUUCAAGCUUGUUACCAGUUACAUUUUUAAUGUCCAUAAUGCCUUUCACUGUCUCUAAUUGUAGAGUAUCAGAAUCACUCUUUAAAGCCAUCAAGUUUCUUCCAAUUGAAAACAAUUGA